AUGAGGACUGCUGAGCCGUUUAGUCAGAAAUGUUUCGCGCGCACAGCCUCCAACGACGCGGCAUCACAGAACGUGUGCCUGAAUCUUGUUAGGAACAACGACAAGGAGAACUUUCUGUGCACGUUGCUGCUAAAGAAUCCGGAGCGGCGCAGUGCACUGGCUGUUAGAGCGUUCAACGUAGAGGUGGCGAAGGUCAGUGCAAAAGUUUCCGCCGGCAAUGUUGGUGUGAUGCCGCUUAAAUUCUGGGACGACACGGUUGGCACCUUGUACCGGGACCACGGUAUCAACGCUCCGGAACAUCCCGUCAUCCACGAACUCCGGAGAGCAAUUAACGAGCACAAGCUCACCAAAAUGUACUUUCAGCGACUGGUUAGCUCGCGGACGAAUGCUAAUCUGAACUUUCUCACCGUGAAGCAGCUGGAGGAUUACGCCGAACACUCGGUCUCAAGCGUGCUCUAUUUGCUGCUUGAGGUACACGGAAUGCGGAACGUGCAAUGUGACCAUGCUGCUUCGCACCUUGGGAAGGCACAGGGUAUUGUUAACCUGCUGCGUUCCAUACCCUACCAGACGCGUCGAAACGCGGUUCCGAUUCCGCAGGAGAUACUGAUGGCGCACGGUGUCAACCAGGAGCGGAUGGUGCGAAACCGCAAAGACGACAAGGGUGUAGAAGAAGUGACUUUCAGCCUGGCUAGUGUCGCCUUCCGACAUCUCGAAACCGCCAAAGGGCUCAUGAAGACGGUACCGAGGCCAGUCAAACCGAUUUUCUUGCCAAGUGUAGUGAUCGAGCGGUUCCUACACCGACUAAGGCUGGCGAACUUUCACUUAACGGAUCCAAACGUAAUGCGGACGGAUUCGCUGUUGCCACUGGUUCUGUACUGGCGAAAGCUUCGUGGAAGCUACUGA